UCUGGAGGGUUUCACAGGAAAGUGUGGCAUUCACGACCCAGCGCUCAUGCAGUACAGACCAUCCACAGCCUGCUUGCCAGCCUCCACUGCUCUGGCCAGAUCCCAAACACACUCAGAGAGAGAAAGAGAGAGAGGAGAGCAGAUGUGCUGAGUGUGACAGAGGAGGGAACAGUUAGGUGAACUCUAGAGGGGAAUCCUGAGAGCAGAAAGAAAGGCGAGUUAGGACACAGAACUUUCCACUGCUUGUAUCCUUUCACAUUCCACGUUAUUUUACCACAUAUUCAAGCUUUCAAACAUGGAAGUGAUUAAAGACAGCCAUCUGCACCUGGAGGUGCCUGACCCACACAGAUCCCUUACUGAGAUCUCAGAAGAUGAAAUCAACCUCCCAGCCUCUGAUGAAGAAGACGAGGUCAUCGCUGAAAACAAAGCAAAAGUUGCUGAUGAGAAAGAAGAGGCAGGUGAGGGAGACAAAGGUGAGAUGAAUGGAGUCAUGGUCCUGGCGCUGCUGGACAAAAUCAUUGGGGCCGUGGACCAGAUCCAGCAGACGCAGGCCGGGCUGGAAGUCCGUCAACGGGACAUGGAGAGAUCGGUAACGGGCAUCCAGGGGGAGCUCACCAAACUGUCCAAAAACCACACCACCACAGCCAACACGGUCAAUAAGAUGCUGGAGAAGGUGCGGAAAGUCAGUGUGAAUGUGAAGACGGUGCGGGGGAACCUAGAAAAACAGGCCGGGCAGAUCAAACGCCUGGAGAGCAACGAAAAUGAACUUCUGAAGAGAAGAAACUUCAAAGUCAUGAUCUACCAGGACGAAGUGAAAAUACCUUCAAAAGUCAGUGUGUCCAAGUCCAUGAAGUUUACAGAGCCUGUGGAAGGAGAAGAUGAAGGUGAACACAAAGCGGCAGCAGAGGAAGGAGGAGAGGACAAAGAGAAAGUCCAUCUGGACCUGUCCUCUGAUGAAGAGGAGGUGCAGAUCGAGGAGACCAUUGAGGAGUCUCGAGCAGAGCGCAUCAAACGGAGCAGCCUGCAACGCGUCCAGAACAUCAAAACCGUUUUCUCCAAUUACAAAAUUGAGAAAACCAAGCAAAAGACCAAGGAAAAUUUGGAGAAGACCAAACAGAAGACCAAAGAUAACUUGGAGAAAACUCGCAUGAAGACCAGAGAGAACUUGGAAAAAACCAAGCAGAAGACCAAGGAGAAUCUUGAGAAGACCAAACAGAAAACCAGAGAGAACCUGGAGAAAACGCGUCACAACAUAGAGAAAAAGAUGGGCAAACUCGGCAAUCAGAUGUCUGUGAACCCCGAGCGCAAGGAGAAGAUCAAGUCCUCGCAGAAAAAGAUGGUGAAGUCUUUCACUCCUGACCACACCAUCUAUGCUCGCUCCAAAACGGCCGUCUACAAGGUUCCCCCGUUCACCUUCCAUGUGAAGAAGAUCCGUGAAGGAGAAGUGGAGAUCCAGGGAACCGAGAUGGUGGAAGUUUUUGGGGAAGCAGAGGAGGUGGAGAAUGCAGUGAUGGAGGGAAGAGAAGAUGAGGAGAUGGAGAUGGAAGGUGGCGAGAUGGUGGAUGAAGACGACGACACAGAAGAUAGCCCUGAGAUGAGAGCGUUACUGGAGAGGGGAGAAGAGCUGGUGUUUGUGGAAGACCAUGACAGAGAUAGCGAUUAGUGUUUGUGUGUGUUUUUGGGUGCUUACACAUUAGAGAAACUUGUUACAGAAUGUUAUAUUGGUAAGACAGUAUGGAAGGCUUAGAUUGGUAUCGAGUCAAAUUUGAUUUCUGAAAGCUCAUCUCUGAGAUUCUGAUCAAUUAAUUGAUGCCUAAAGGAGUUUUGGAUGCUUAACAGAGCAUCCGUUUUGCCAAACCCUGCUUGUUUUCUGCUACAUCUUUGUGGAGCACCAUCCCCAUUAAAGUGUUUUCAGCGUUCUCUGACAUAGCAUAACCUCUAGUGUGUAGGCGCCCUGAGCGUGUGUGCUGUACUGCUAGUCCAGAUAUUGGAUUCUGCAGGAGAAUGUGAAUGUGUCUUUUUGCAUGUGUGUAUUUGCAUCUUUUAUAGCAGCAGAAUGUUUCCAAUUUAAGGUGACUCCAUUCACCUAACGUUUGUGCGAGUGAGUGAUUUACUGUACUAGUCCAAGUAACUUAGUUCCUUGAGUUCAUCUUGUUUGCUAAGGAUAAGGGCUGGGGACUAGGCGUGCCAACCAAUAAGAUGCAACAUGGUAUCUGGGAACAUUAUUGUGCUAGAUGGACAGCAUGAACAUAAAAUUGCAACUAUAUGAAACAGAUAACAGACGGAUAGCUUGAUCAAAUGAACAACAGACUUGUUGGACAGGUGGUUCUUUUGUUCUUGAAGAUUAUUUGGUCACACUUUAUAUUAGGUGGCCUUAACUACUAUGUACUAACAUUAAAUACCUACAAUACUAUGGAUCGACUGUGUAACCACAUUCCCACAUUUACUGCUCAUGAGUUUGGGCUAUGGAUAGGUUAAGGAGUAAGGGUUGGGUUACAGUUAACAGUGUAACUAAUGAAAUGAUAGAUAUAUUGUAUCAAAUUAUUAAGUACAUACAGUAGUAGUAAAGGCCAUCUAAUAUAAAGUGUGACCAAUUAUUUUCCUUCUUGUUGUAGUCUCACAUGUAGAGCCACAGACUGUUCUUCACUUUUUAUAGAAGGUGGAGGAACAAACCAAAAUAUGAAAACCUGAAGUAUUGCUAAGUGCUCAUUUUUUAAAAUAUUUUAUAUAUCUUAGAGUUUAAUUAAUAAUGUUACAUUUCCUUACAACAGACUGUGGUAGUCAAACUGUUACAUUGAUUAUUUUUGGUCUCAAUGUGACAAACUACACAAAUAGUCAAUAGUAUAAAAAAGAAGAAAAUGAAACAGCAUUUAAACAUCCAAAAUGAUUAUGCGAAUACAUGUUUUUGUCCUGUUGCAUGAGGUUUACUGGAAACUCUCAAAUCAUAUUGACAUAAAAGAAGUAUAAAUAUCUAUAAAAUGAUCUUGGUUUCAGAAUGGCACUGCAGGCAUGCUCAACAACAAAGGCACCAGUGCUCUUUACCCAUUUAAAACUACUGUUUGUGUAACAUUUGUACGCCCCCUGGUGGACAUGUGUGGUAAUGUUGUAAUGGGCCAAUGAGCGUUGAACCCUUAGCCUCAUUUAUUGACCUAAGAACACAAAAGUUAUAAUAAGCAAAACAGGUAUAAGCAGCAAAAAGCUACAAAUAUUGUCAUCAGCACCUCCGAUUUUAAAUUAAACACAUAUGAUAAUGAAUCACUGCUAUUACUUAGAGCACAAUCAUUUCUCAGAUGUGUUAACUCCAUUUUCCUCAAUGCUCAGAUUGUAUCAUUUCAGCAAUUGCGUAAUCUUGCAAAAGUUUUACUCUGCUUGAAGCAUCUUAUUUUUUGUUUUAUUUUUGCUUGUGUAGCUGAUGAUGCAUUUGAAUACUCUCUUGUAAUGUCACACGUCUUAACCACUAAUGUGUUAAUAAAAGCAAUCAUGCUUCACACUC